GAAUUUUAUUGAGCCUAUUUAAGGCCUUCACUUCUUAAGCUUUUUAGCCAUAAAGUUAUCUUCUAACCAUAUGCAAUAUCCAAAUAGAUAGCAUUUUCUCUCUUCUUCCAUUUGCCUUUUGCUUCUAUCUUUUUUUUUUUUUUUUCAAUCUUAAGAUGGAUACACAAAUUCCUAUUAGCUCUCAAGAUUUGAUGAGUCCUAAUACUAUUGAUGAAUUUCAAGAUUUGGAAGUGAUACAAUUUGAUGAAGACACACUAAGAGAACUACUAUAUGAAGUAGAACAAGAACUAAAUUGUGAUAAUAUUGUACAAGAUUGUGUAACACAACCAAUGGUGAUUGAUAUGGACCCGAAUUUCGCGCAAAUUGAGGAGGAAGAGCUUGUAAUCGACGAUUUCGAGUGGCUAGAGAUGAUGGAAUUGUCUCAUGCAGAUACAAUAGCCUGUCCAGAGGGAGUGAACGAGAUUUUUGAUGUGGGAGAAUUUGCAUUUGAUUUUUCUCAUUUUUGCUCUUCAAUUCCUUUGGAAGAAAUAGGAUAUGAUGCCUUGUGGCAAGACAGCUCCUAAUAGUAGUUUAAAAUGUUUAGUAUUGUGACAAAA